GCGGAGGUCCUUGGCAAAUCAUAUGAGUCCUGCUUGUCCUAGGCUUCAUGCCAUUCCUCCUCUACUCAAACUUCACUGCCGAGGUCCACCACGCUUGCCUCACUAACUGGAGACAUGGCCAAGACACUGUUGCUCUUCUGCAUCAUGGUUUAUCCAGGAUCCUGUGUUCUCUUUGUGUCUCAGCCCCUUGAGAUUCAUGUCCAAGAGGGCAACCCUGCCCUCUUGCCCUGCUCCUUCAAUGCCAGCCGAGGGACAGAGGCCAUUGGCUCCGUCACAUGGUACCAAGACAAAGUGGCCCCGGGGAUGGAGGUGAGCAACAUGACCCCAGAGUUCAGGGGCCGUGUGGCCUCUUUUGCUGUUGUUCCCCGAUUCAUCAGGGACCACAAGGCAGAGCUGCUCAUACUGGACGCCCAAAGCCAUGACACUGGAAUCUAUGUGUGCAGGGUGGAGGUGCUAGGCCUGGGUGUUGGAACAGGAAAUGGGACUCAGCUGGUGGUGGAGAAAGAACCUCCUCAUCAAGCCUCCAGUUCAGAACAAGUAGCCCACAAAAGUCUCCUCCUCCGGGCAGGAUUCUACGCCCUCAGCUUUCUCUCUGUGGCCAUCGGCAGCACCCUCUAUUAUCAGGGCAAAUGCCCCUGUCACAUGGGAACACACGGCACCCUUCCCACAGCCUGUGAGGAAUGAUUCAAAAACCUCAAAGACCAGCAAUAAAUCUGUAUCUGCUCCUCUCUCCUACUUAGGACUCCCAUGUAUUUUCUUACUCUUCAGACAACCCUCUGUGCUUCUGUCCACCCCGGCCCCCUUCACCCCAAUUAGCUCUCCCUUCCACCAG